AUGACUCGAAGCCAUUGCUAUUGGGUUUCUAGUACUAUUACUAUAUAUUUCUCCCUCCUUAUACACUCUCUUGCUUUCCCUUCGCUCCACUUUUGCCGCCACGACCAGAGGGAUACUCUUUUGGAAUUCAGAGACGAGUUUCCGAUCUUGGAGUCUAAACCAAAUCCGUGGAAUAAGAGCACUGAUUGUUGUUUCUGGGAGGGUGUCAAGUGCGAUGAUAAAUCUGGCCAGGUGAUAUCACUCGACCUUCAUAGAACACUUCUCAACAACUCUUUGAAAACUAAUAGUAGUCUUUUUAGACUCAAAUCUCUUAGUAACCUAGACCUUUCUGGUUGCAAUCUCCAAGGAGAGAUUCCUCCUUCACUAGGGAACCUUUCUCGUCUCAUAAAUCUUGAGCUUUCUUCUAAUACAUUGGUCGGUGAGAUUCCAUCUUCAAUAGGCAAUCUAAACCAGCUAAGAUCCCUUAACCUUAUGGCUAACGAUCUUACAAGAGAGAUUCCUUCUUCACUAGGAAACCUUUCUGGUCUCCUAAAUCUUGAGCUUUCUUCUAAUAGAUUGGUCGGUGAGAUUCCGUCUUCAAUAGGCAAUCUAAAACAGCUAAGAAAUCUUAGCCUUGCGGCUAACAAUCUCAUAGGAGAAAUUCCUUUUUCCCUAGGAAACCUAUAUUUUCUCUUAACUCUUGACCUUUGGAGUAAUCAUUUGGUAGGCGAAGUUCCAGCUUCCAUCAGAAACCUAAGCGAACUACGAGUCAUGUCACUUGAUCAUAACCGCUUAAGUGGUAGUAUUCCUAUUUCAUUUGCUAAUUUAACAAAGCUUUCCGAUUUUGGCAUCUUCAAUAAUAACUUCACAUCCCUUACAUCUGAUAUGAGUGGGCUACACAGCUUGGUGAAAUUGGAUGUUAGUGCAAACUCCUUAGUCGGACCUUUUCCUAAAUCUUUGUUCUCGGUUCCUUCAUUAAGAUGGGUUUAUAUGGAUAGAAACCAAUUCACAGGACCUAUAGAGUUUGCUAAUAUAUCUUCGUCAUCUAAGCUCGAGUUUCUACUCCUUACUUGUAACCUAUUAGAUGGUUCAAUCCCAAAAUCCAUAUCUAAAUUUCUCAACCUUUUAUUGUUAGAUGUUGCUGACAACAAUAUCAGUGGGACAAUUCCUAGAUCUAUGGCAAAGCUAGUUAGCCUUGGUAAAUUAGUUCUUUCCAACAACAAGUUGGAAGGUGAGGUACCAGGUAACACAUUCACAAACGGUAUCCCAUGGUUCUUGGCAAAUUUGACUAAGCUCGAGACGUUAGACCUCUCAUGUAACAAGCUGUCAGGUCAAAUCCCUCAAAAUCUUGGUAAACUCUCCUUUUUGUCAUAUAUGAACUUCUCCCAUAACUUUCUCCAAGGUCCAGUGCCACGAAGCACACAAUUUCAAAGGCAGAAAUGUUCUUCAUUUGUGGGCAACGCUAGACUCUAUGGUCUCGAAGAUAUAUGUGGAGAAAAUCGUGUUCCGAGUCUUGCAUCUCAGCAAUCCAAGGAGUUGUUAGAGGAAGAGGAAAACAUGUUCAACUGGGUGGCUGCUGCAAUAGCCUAUGGACCUGGUCUAUUUUGUGGUUUGGUGAUCGGAUACAUCUUUACUUCACACAAUCAUGAAUGGUUCGCUGAAAAGUUUGGUCGAAAGAAACUCAGAGUCACCACAAGUGCUCGUUAA